AUGUCCGCUCCAGCCCUCGACCCCUCGACGCCGAUAACCCUCGUCUCGCGCGAGGGCGUGGAGUUCACCGUCACCCUCGGCGCCCUUCGCGUCUCGGGCGUGCUCUCUCGGCUCUUCGCGAGCGCCGACGCGAGAGAUUUCGAGGAACAGCGAACUCGGACGGUUCGACUUCGCGACGUCUCCACCGCGAUCGUGCGAAAGAUCGUCGAGUACUGCGAGUACAGACAGACUUACGAGGGAUCAAACAAGGCGCCGCCGCCGUUUGAGAUCGCCGGCGAAGACGCGAUCGAGCUGUUGAUGACGGCUAACUUUUUGGACGUGUAG